GGAUGAACAUACCGAUGAGAGAUCCAGUGAUCCCUGGGACAAGCAUGGCUUAUCAUCCCUUCUUACCUCACCGGGCUCCGGACUUUGCAAUGAGCGCUGUACUGGGCCACCAGCCUCCGUUCUUCCCGGCUCUUGCUUUGCCUCCCAAUGGAGCGGCUGCUCUCUCCCUUCCCGGGGCUCUGGCCAAGCCAAUUAUGGAUCAAUUAGUAGGAGCGACAGAGACUGGCAUCCCUUUUUCUUCCCUGGGUCACCAGGCGGCAGCUCAUCUGAGGCCUCUAAAAACUCUGGAGCCGGAGGAAGAGGUAGAAGAUGAUCCCAAAGUACAUCUGGAAGCCAAAGAACUUUGGGAGCAAUUCCACAAAAGAGGGACUGAGAUGGUGAUUACCAAAUCAGGAAGGAGAAUGUUUCCUCCAUUUAAAGUGAGAUGCACUGGGCUGGAUAAAAAGGCCAAGUACAUUUUAUUGAUGGAUAUUGUGGCGGCUGAUGAUUGUAGAUAUAAAUUCCAUAAUUCCCGGUGGAUGGUAGCAGGCAAGGCAGACCCUGAAAUGCCAAAGAGAAUGUACAUUCACCCGGACAGUCCGGCCACGGGAGAACAAUGGAUGUCCAAAGUCGUCACUUUCCACAAACUGAAACUGACUAACAAUAUUUCUGACAAACACGGAUUUACCAUUUUAAAUUCCAUGCACAAAUACCAACCGCGGUUCCACAUAGUGCGAGCCAAUGACAUCCUCAAGCUUCCUUACAGUACGUUCAGGACCUACGUGUUCCCUGAAACUGAAUUCAUCGCUGUGACCGCAUACCAGAAUGAUAAGAUAACCCAAUUAAAAAUCGACAACAACCCAUUUGCCAAAGGUUUUCGUGACACUGGGAAUGGAAGGAGGGAGAAAAGAAAACAACUAACCUUGCAGUCCAUGCGCGUUUAUGAUGAGAGGCAAAAGAAGGAAAAUGGCACCUCGGAUGAGUCUUCUAGCGAGCAAACUGCCUUUAAAUGUUUCGCCCAGUCCUCGUGCCCUGCUGUGCCUGCAGUUGGCACUUCCAACCUUAAAGAUCUGUGCCCCAGCGAGGGCGAGAGCGACGCCGAGAGCAAAGAGGAGCCGCUGGCCGAGGCGGGGGAGGCCGGCAGGAUCAGCACCACCAGCGCGGCCGCCGCCCCCUCGGCCGGGGAGAAGGGCUCCAGCCCCGCCAAGGGCUCCUUCUUCCCCGCGGAGCCGGCGGGCGGCCGGGAGGGCGACAAAGCGGCCCCGGACUCGCGGCACAGCCCCGCCGCCAUCUCCUCCAGCACCAGGGGCCCGGGCGAGGAGCUCAAGGGCCCGCUCCGGGAAGCCCCCAAGGCGGACGAGGCGCGGCUGCCGGGCAAGGAGCCCUUCGCGCCGCUCACGGUGCAGACGGACAGCGCCGCGCACCUGAGCCAGGGGCCCCUGCACAGCCUGGCCUUCCCGCCCGGCCUGGGCCAGCAGUUCUUCGCCCCUCUCGGCAACGGGCACCCGCUGCUGCUGCACCCCGGCCAGUUCGCCAUGGGCGGCGCCUUCUCGGGCAUGGCCGCGGGCAUGGGCCCGCUCCUGGCCACCGUGUCCGGGGCGUCGGCCGGCGUCGGCGGCCUGGACAGCGCGAGCAUGGCCACGGCGGCGGCGCAAGGACUGUCCGGGGCGUCGGCAGCCGCGCUCCCCUUCCACCUCCAGCAGCACGUCCUGGCCUCGCAGGGCCUGGCCAUGUCUCCCUUCGGCAGCCUCUUCCCCUACCCCUACACCUACAUGGCCGCAGCAGCGGCCGCCUCCAGCGCGGCCACCAGCUCGGUCCACCGGCACCCCUUCCUCAACGCCGUGCGGCCGCGCCUGCGGUACAGCCCCUACUCCAUCCCCGUGCCCCUGCCAGACAGCAGCAGCCUGCUCACCACGGCCGUGCCCACCCUGGCCAGCAGCGCGGGGGAGGGCAAAUCCAGCACCAUGGCAGCGAGCCCAGCCUCGGUGGCGUUGGACUCUGGCUCGGAACUCAACAGCAGGUCCUCCACGCUGUCCUCGGGCUCAGUGUCCUUAUCCCCCAAGCUCUGCUCGGAGAAGGAAGCCACUAGCGAACUGCAGAACAUCCAGCGCCUAGUGAGUGGACUUGAAUCCAAGCAAGACAGAUCCAGGAGUGGAUCUCCUUAAUACCGGCCCCCCCCGCGACUCUAGGUGAGGGGCAGAGAGAGUGAGGAAAGAGGUGUGUGUGUGGGGGGGGGGUCCCCUUGAUUAUCUCGUUUCAAAUCAGUCUUGCAGUGCACUUUGUUUGAAAGAAUGCCCCCCCCCCCACAAACUCCGGCCAGUCCAGGCUCAUCAGCCAGCUUCUGUGGAGAAGGGGCCAAGGGGGGUGUUGGAGUUGGAUGAACUGUUUUGAAAGCUGCUAUCCAAGAUCAGCCUGGAUGCCACCAAGGCGGGACGGGACAGGUGGGGCUGGGCUAGUGAUGGUGGUGUGGUGUGGGGAAGGUGUUGCUGUUGAUUUCUUUCGUUUCCCUUCACUGUGUAAAAGAAAACAUAUGAAUAAACACUAAAGUAAGACAAGUGAUCUUUUUUUUUUUUCUCCUGAAGGAAAAAAAACUUGUAUAAGUAACUUGCAUAUCAGUUCUUCAACACUUGUUUUCUUUCUCUUUUUUAUUUUUAUUUUUUUUGGGGGGGGGGGUUAUAAACUGUAAUUCCUGUUUAGUCUGUCUUAAGGGGAAGCUGUGUCUCUGAAAUAUUCUUGUGAUGUCUAAAGCCACCUGCGGGCUUUUUGCAUGUUCCAUAGUAGUCUGCUUUUUUGAGAGGGGGGAUUUUAUUUUUUAUUUUAUUUUUGGGUGCUCGUUUCAAUUCCCAGGGACAAAAUACUACUACUACUAAUUAAAGAAAAAAACCUCUUUGCCCCUUUUUGCCCCUCAAUUACUCCCCUUGUAGCAACAACAAUAAAAAAUGUAGUUGGAAAGGAAAAACAAGAAUUUAUUUUAUCUAAAAACCUCUGUAGCUUGACUCUAGGUUAUCACAGCUUUUCCUGUUUUAUUGUAUAUGCAAUAACAAGGUUUAAACAUAAUAAUGAGAAGAAGAAAAAAAGCGGACACUAUUAUUAAAACAAAGUAUUUAUGUAAUUAUUUGAUAACUCUUGUAAAUAAGUGGAAUAUGAAUACUCAAAAUUAAACUUUAAUUUAUUGACAUUGUAUAUAUCUCUGUACAUAUGAAUGAAGCUGUCUUUUCUUCUAUUAUUUUUUUAGUUAUUUUCAUUUCAAAUUCAUAAUUCCUUUUAAAACACACUUGAACCCAUCAAACCAAGCAAGCAAAAAAAGAUACCCUAAUUUCAAGUGCUCAGUUUUUAUUUUGGUUCACCAUGCAAAAACUUAACUGAUUUUUUAAAGAGUUGAGUGCAAAAAGAAAAGAAAAAGAAAAAGUCAAAGAACUUUUAAAAAAAAUAAGAAAAAAUGGAAGAAAUGUGCCAUUGUAGCAUUUAACCCUUGUUUUUCAGUGUUAAAAAGUUUUACUCUCUAUAUAAAAAUUCAAGAUAUAUGUAUAUUAAUGAAUGACAACGCACUUCUCCCAUGGCUUGAAAGAAAGAGAAAAGAUGAUGACUCUAGGAUUUUUCUUUGCUUUUUUAAUUAUUGUUUUCCAAUUGUCUUGGUGUGUCAAAAACACAAUGGGUUUUUACUACUGUGGUUAUUGUUGUCUUUGUUUGAGUGGAUACAUAUUUCUCAUGGCAUGAAAGUCAGGUGCUCAGAGCUGGUUAAAAGAAAAAUGAAGGUAUAUUUUGUGUUAUCUAAUUGUCAAGAGGUUCUUGGUUUUUUUUCCUGUAAUUUUUUCCCUUUUAAAAGUCACUGAAGUUUCAAUAAAUUUUUAUUGAAAUGUG